UGACCGCUGUCGAGGAUAGGGGGGUGGAUGAUACUCAUUCAAGACUGGGCAGGUUACAUUCGAUGCCAUACGAAUUUAUACACUGGAAAUUGCAUCCCCCCAUCAGGUUAUCUUUGAGAAAUCGCACAGUUCCAGGAAGGAUUUAAAGAAUUUGAUAAGAUGUCGAAAAAAUCUCAUACAGUUCACAUGGCUCUCAACGUCCAAUCGGAGCGUAGCUGACGUUGCUCUCAGACCUGUUCUUUGUUCUGGACUUCAUGAACUUAUCGACAAAAAUGCGUGGAUAUCGUCAAUAUCGGGAUUGCUUUAUUUAUUACAGAGUCUUUAUAUGCACGGAGUUAACAUCGUUUUAAAGAUUUGUUUAAGGAUGUCUUGUGUUUGAUUAUUAUGUUUCAUGCGUUAGUUCGUCACAUGACUUACCCUCCCCCACGUCGAUCCAAUGAAUGGGGAAGAAGAAGUCGGACAUGUUUGAAGAAAAUGUGUUGAAUAAAGAAACGUGGCUGAAGACAAGAAGAAAAAGAUAUGUUUCACGUAUGGGGAUUUCAUAAAGACAUUUUGAUAGAAAAUGUUUUACGAAUCCGUAGAGAACGACGAUGACUGAUAGGUCUAGAAUUGUUUUAUGUUGCACAAAGUUAAGCAAUAGUUUAUCUACUUUUAAAUAUUUAAUUCAGUGUUAUCCUCAUAUUGUUUUUGGCCUUGUUUAUAUUUGAUCGUUCAUGCUUCAUAUAACGAUUGCGUUGCGGAGUGGCAUUGCAACAGAUGUCACCUUGGUGGUGGGGGAUGGGUGGUAUCAAACUUAGUAAUCUUUGCAGUUAAUUAAUUAGUUCCUUGUAAUAUCGUUCGGAUCCAAGUGUUUGAGUAGUUCAUGUGUUGAGUUAUUUAGUUCAGAUGGAUACAGGGUAUGUUUCGUGUUUGAUUUGGUUGCUAAUUAGGGUUAAUAACUCCAGAGGAAAUCUAUGCAUGUAGUCUGAAAUGAGACGUAGUCGGGAAUUGCUCAAAAACGAUUGAAUGUGGUUUGUUUUUGGGAGGGGUAGGGGGACAUCUUUUAACAUCCCGUAAUUUAUUUAAAUAGCACUGUCAGUUUGUGGCCUAGAAAAGAUCACUGAAGUAAUUGGAUUGUUUUCGUUCAUUUGGAAUUUCGUUGCGAACGUGAAUAUUUAAUGUAAUCAAAUACUUUAUUUUAAUGUGUAAUUAUUGGUCGGUGUCGGUCUGUGCCUCGUUUAGGCUUACUCUCAAGCGGAACUGUAGAAGAGAAAAUGCUGUGUCAUUUAAUGGAGGACACCCUUGUCCUAGGCCAUUUCGCUGAAGGAGGAACCAUUUUUACAGCUGCAGCUGAUUUGGUGCAUUUCAUGCUGAAGUUGUGUCAGUCGUUUUAAUGUUGAGUCAGAGACUUGAGUGCCAUCGACUGUUUCUGAAUUAUUUGUCUCUGUUCGUUGUAACGUAGUUGCAGUUGUUACGUUUCUAUUUGUAAAAUAACUUUGACCCCAUUGUCUAUUAACGAUACUAGGCAUGGGCAGAUUGGAUUGCAUCAAAUUUCACAUCCGAUGCAAAUAAACACUUGGAAUUUCAGUUUAAGAUCGUUAUCAAUUGUUCAGGUGUCGUUGCUUAGAGUGGUUUCUUGUGUUGAAUAUUGCUUUCCUCAUACAAUGGCAUAAGUGUGGGUUUCGGGUGUAGUCUCGGUAUUCCAAAAUGGCGACUCUGUUGAUGUGGACUUGCAAAAUGCGGACUCAAGGGUUAUUGGGUGGGUGAUUCCUGGAUGCGUGUAGCGUUUGUCUGAUACGCGUGACUGGAUCAGUAGACCAAUGGCUAAUCAAGAAUCUGCCCUGUUCGCUCGCGCCUUUGCCUCACUAACCAAUCAGUAAAGUCUUUUUACCCACGUUGACGUAAUGCAAACCAGUAGGAAUACUGUAGUAGUGGGGAUGGUCCUUGUCCCAGAGAGACUAUUGUGACAGCCAUUCGCUGAAAUUUGCUGUCGACUGUUGGCUUUUCAAACCAAUGAUAUUAUGCGAGCUGCUUGAUCGACAGGAUCUGAAAAUUAUCUAAAAAUGUGUACAGUCUGGGAGACGCAGACCGAGGCGUGGUCUUCGUGAUGAGCGGUAGAGAUUGCGUAUAGAGAAUGUGUGGGCGUGCACAUGUGUGAGUGCGUUAGCCAAUGGAGUUUGCUGUGGGUUUAUAAAGAGUCGGGUGGAGCUGUUACGUCGCCAUUUCGCUGGUGCAGUGAACGACUGGCUAAAGGAAGUGAGAGGAGAAUAGCAAGGCGAAUUGGAAACCUAAAAGAACCGGUCUUUAAACAGAAUCCGGAUCCAUCCUGAUGGAGACGGCCAUAAGCCCGCCCCUUGACAGCUCUUUGGGCGGGGCCGACUUGGGCUCCCAGGCCAUCACGCUGAUGGAACCGGUAGGGUCCACUCCAGGCAAACGAAUCAGAAAGCCCUCGAUGCUCUUCGAGGGUUUCGAGGGGCCAGCUCUCCCACACGCUCUUCCCGCCGGUCCCCCCCAGCCUCCCGUGCGAGACCCCAGCCGACAGGGCCGAAUGACCAAUCAGCUUCAGUACCUCCAGAAAGUUCUGGCGAAGACACUGUGGAAGCACCAUUUCGCCUGGCCUUUCCAUGAACCUGUGGACGCAGUCAAACUCAACCUACCCGACUAUCAUAAAAUCAUUAAACAGCCCAUGGACAUGGGCACCAUUAAGAAACGACUUGAGAAUAAUUAUUACCGCAAUGCAAGCGAAUGCUUACAUGACUUCAGCACCAUGUUCAGCAACUGCUACAUCUACAAUAAGCCAACGGAUGACAUUGUGCUGAUGGCCCAGUCUCUGGAGAAGGCCUUCCUGCAGAAGGUGGCCCAGAUGCCCCAGGAAGAGAUUGAGCUUCCUCCACCCGCCCCCCGGGGCAAACCGGGCAAGCCUCCCAAAGGUCGCAGAGCCACAGUCUCAGGUGGAAUAACCACAGUUCACCAGGUCCCAGCUGUCUCAUCUCUCUCUCAACCGGCAUACUCGCCUCCAACACCGGACACGCCCGACUCUCUCCUGUCCACUCCUCCUCAGACCCUGCUGGCCAAGAGUCUGCCCCCCACGCCCCUCAGCACCCCUGCCAUUCUGGGCCUACCCCCCACUCUGCCCACCACCAAGAAGAAAGGUGUAAAGAGAAAAGCGGACACCACCACCCCCUCCACCCUGGCCCUGCCCCUGGGCAUGGGCGGCCUGGACUCCCCGCUGUCUCUGUCCGUGCUGGGCGUAGACCCUAAGCAGAACAUGUCUCUGGGGAUUGGCAUGGGGCGUGGCAGAGGUCUGAUGGGGGGCAAAGCCCCGGUGAGGCGCGGGGGGAGCGGCCGGCCCAUCAAACCUCCACGGAAAGACCUUCCGGACUCUCUGGUGGUGCACAAGCCCGCACGGCGAGGUAAACUCAGCCCACAGCUACGCUACUGCAACGGCAUUCUCAAAGAGCUCCUGUCCAAAAAACACGCUGCUUACGCCUGGCCCUUCUACAAACCCGUCGACGCAUCGUCUCUGGGUCUCCAUGACUACCAUGAGAUCAUCAAAAACCCCAUGGACCUCAGUACUAUAAAGAGGAAGAUGGAUAGUCGGGAAUACAGGGAAGCCCAGGAGUUUGCAUCAGACGUGCGGCUCAUGUACUCCAAUUGCUACAAGUACAACCCUCCAGACCACGACGUUGUCGCCAUGGCCCGCAAAUUACAGGAUGUGUUUGAGUUCCGUUUCGCUAAGAUGCCCGACGAGCCUCCGGUGAUGACGUCCGCGUCCCUGGGCAGUGGCUUGGGCAGUCAUUCCUCCUCGUCCUCAUCCUCGUCUUCCUCCUCCUCCUCAGAGAGCGAGCCCAGCAGUGAGAGUGAGAGUGAGAGCAGCCCCAGCUCAGACAGUGAGGAGGAGAGAGCCCAUCGCCUGGCCCAGCUGCAGGAACAGGUGUGUAUACAGCUGAAGGCGGUGCACGAGCAGCUGGCUGCUCUCUCUCAGGGCCCCAUUAUCAAGCCCAAGAAGAAGAGAGACAAGAAAGACAAGAAGAAGAAAAAGAAGGUGGAGAAGCACAAAGGAGGUCGCAGCAUGGCGGAGGAGGACAUCUGCAUACGGCCGGUCAAGACGCCCAAAGUCACUAAAACAUCCAAGAGCAAGAGCAGCAAAGCCACGCCCACGCCCACGUCCACGCAGGGCAAGAAAGGCGCCAACAAGAGCAAAAGCAAGUCAUCUAAGAAGGCGGUGAACUCCUUCAGCCAGCCGCCGCCUCCGCUCUGUGACUCAGAGGAGGAGGAGGAGAGCAGUCCCAUGAGCUAUGAUGAGAAGAGACAGCUGAGCCUUGACAUUAACAAGCUGCCCGGCGAGAAACUGGGCCGGGUCGUUCACAUCAUCCAAUCCCGCGAGCCCUCUCUCCGCGACUCCAACCCCGAGGAGAUCGAGAUCGACUUUGAGACUCUCAAACCGUCCACGCUACGGGAACUGCAGCGUUACGUCAUGACCUGCCUGAGGAAGAAACCACGCAAACCCAACGUGAUGAAGAAGGGCGGGGCAGGAAAAACCCGUGAGGAGUUGGCUUUAGAGAAGAAGAGAGAGCUGGAGAGGAGACUACAGGACGUCAGUGGCCAGCUCAACUCUGCAAAGAAACCUCCAAAAACCAAAGUGGAAAAGCCCAGUGCAGUGGAGCCCAAACCUGCAGCCUCUCGCCUCAGCGCCAGCAGCUCCAGCUCGGACUCCUCCUCCUCCUCUUCCUCCUCAUCUUCCUCCUCAGACACCAGCGACUCGGACUCAGGCUGAAGACAGUGCAUAAACACACACAUACACACACACACAUACUCAGACAAGCACACCCAUGCACAGCAGUGAUGAGAAAGUCACAGCAGUUCCUGCAUGGAAUCACACUGGAGACAGAACUGACUGCUAAAAGAGAAAGAAGGAUAAGUGGAGAAAGAGAACGAGAGAGAGAGAGAGAAGCUUCCUUGUCUCCUGUGCUUCUUUAGCAUUAAACGUGUCUGAGAGAGGAAGACGGGAUCCGUUUGACAGAGACAGAUGGAGGCUCUGGUCUCAGGAAGAGGGAGGGGUGGCCAGAUGAGGAGAGGACAGGUGGGCAGAGAGAGCACCCCAAGUCUCCUUCCAUACCUUUCCUCUUUAAGGACACGUGUCCCCCGUCCUCUUCUCUUGACUUUGUAUACGUGUGUACAGAGAUGUUCAGGUCUAUACUUUCUUUUAUAAAGAAGAAUUGUAAGGAAUCCCCCAUAGGGGAGGCAGUGACAAAGGUCUGGGACUGACUGCCUUUGCUUUCUGUUUGUUUGUUUGUUUGGGGUUUUGUUGUUGCUUUUAGUACUUGUUUUCAUAAAGAAACAAAGGGGUAGAGGGUAAGUGUGGUUAGUUUUGUUUUUGUGAGUGUGUGUGUGUGUGUGUGUGUGUGAGAGAGAGUAUGUGAGCAUGUGUGUCGAUGUAUGUUAAAAUAGGUUCCUCCACCCACUGUCUACACAAACUUGUCAUGUGAUGUUUAUAAUCUCACUCAUGGUUUUUCAUCUGAAUGGAGCUCUUCACUUGUUAAGAGAGCUGACGCCACACAGUAAUCUGCUUCCAGAACUUAAGAUCACAAACUUGAGGCAAAUCUUUUUCUUUUGAGGCUGAAUCUGAAUCCACCUGAUCUGUGACAUGGUUGAGUAUCCUAGUAACCGUGGCCAAGUGGCCAGCUCCCAGCUGUGCCAGUCAUUUUCCUUUUCUGGGAAGCAAGCAGAACAAACCAACAACGUGGCAUUUUCUCUUUUUGUACUGGGAAAUUGAGUGGGUUUUUGGGGGGGAUUCAAAGGUAUGGACAUGUCUCUGUCUAUUAGAAUUGUGUGUUGUUGUUUUUUGGUUUGUUUAUGUGUUUGGGGGGGGUGUUGUAAACCUUUGAAAUAAUCUGAGUUAAUGCCCAUCUGCUUUGUUAUUUAUUACCUGGCUGGGAGUUUCAAAGGCAUGAUUGUUGGGCCUGCAACAACCUGGUCAUUGUAGAGUUAAUUUUCAUCUGGUGAUUCAUUAUCUGAAAAUAGUAGGCUACUACAGCACAAAACUGUGUAGCUGUGGGACACCCCCCCCCCUUUUUUUAAACAGGAGAAUCUGUUUAAGUUACACAGCUUUGCAUUGUGUGUCUGUUAAUCAUGUUUACCUACCAAAUGUUUUUCCCCUCUUCAUAUCCCCCGCUAAGUUAAUUGUUGGUUUUUCUCUGUUUUUCCUCUUUGGAAUCAGAUCGUUGUGGGUUUGUUUCUUUAAGAUAAUUAAAAAAACAAAAAAAACAACUUGGACAAAACCUCAAGCUACAGCCAUGGUCGAUCUCUGCUUAGGGGGACUAGAUGCUGUUGUGUGACCAUACUUUUCAUUUGAC